UUUUAAUUUUUUGCAGCUGCCCAACAACCAUAACAUUUAUCAAUAUGCUAUAUUGUCCGCCAAACGUAACCUUUUCACAGAUCUGGCUUAAUCAUGGCAUCUCACAUUGUUUUAUGGACACUGUGGGUACUUCCGUAUGUGCUGGGGUCAUGAUACUUUUCGGUCUAGUUCAGCUCUAUAUGUAUCGCAAAUAUGCUGUACGCAUAUCAGAUCCUGCUUUACUAGUUAAAUCUCGACUUUAUGGUUUACAAUUGUUCCUAUUGUGUUUCUUUCCCAUGUUACAGUUGGUGAGAUUUUUACUAAAUGCUCGUAUUUAUGACAACAGUGCUGUUUAUGGUUAUAUGAUUCUUUCCACGGUUUUAAUUUGUGUGUCUUAUCCUUUUUCCAUUUGUUUGGUACACAAAGAGAGACAUUUUCAAUUACCUUCGGUACCUACACGAGGUCAUGGUUUAGUCUUAUUACUUUUCUGGACCUUGGCCUUUAUUAAUGAAUCUUUGGCUUUUAUAAAUCUAAGACAUGAAGACUGGUGGUUCAAUUUGAAAACAAAUAAAGAUGAAAUUGAAAUGGGUUUAUUUGUUACCCGUUUCCUUACUUCAUUGCUUAUUUUCGUAUUGGGUCUUAAGGCUCCUGGCAUACGCUUUUUCUAUGAUGAACAUCGACGUUUAGAGGAGGAACAGGCUGAAAAUCAGGGUCUACAAAGAGGUUCUGCAUUUCGGAAUGCUUUUAAGAAAUUACGUAAACUAUUUCCCUAUUUGUGGCCUAAGAAGGAUAUUCUGUUACAGAUUACAGUUUUGUUAUGUAUUCUUCUAUUGGCGGCGGGUCGUGUAAUCAAAUUGUAUUUGCCUAUUUAUCGUAAAAAUUUGGUGGACAGUUUAACCAUUGAACCCAUAGUUUUUCGUUGGGAUUAUGUUUUAAUCUAUGUAGCUUUAUCAUUUCUCCAAGGAGGCGGUACCGGUACUAUGGGUUUAUUUAAUAACUUACGUUCAUUUCUCUGGAUUAGAGUACAACAAUAUACGACACGCGAAAUUGAAGUGGAUCUCUUUCAACAUUUACAUUAUUUAUCGUUGCGCUGGCAUUUGCAACGUAAAACUGGUGAAGUUUUGCGUAUAAUGGAUCGUGGCACAGAUUCAAUAAAUAAUUUACUCAACUAUAUUAUAUUUUCCAUAACGCCCACUAUAGUGGAUUUAAUAGUGGCUGUAGUGUAUUUCAUUUAUGCCUUCAAUUGGUGGUUUGGUUUAAUUGUUUUCUUAACCAUGUUUUUGUAUAUUUUGGCCACUAUUUUGGUAACCGAAUGGCGUACUCAGUAUCAGAGACGUAUGAAUCAGGCUGAUAAUGAACAGCGUGCACGUAGUGUUGAUUCUUUAAUAAAUUUCGAAACUGUAAAAUAUUAUGGUGCCGAACAGUAUGAAGUUAAUGCCUAUCGUGAUGCUAUUAAGAAAUAUCAAAAAGAAGAAUUUCUCUCCUUGGUAACUCUUAACAUUUUGAAUACUUCCCAAAACAUUAUAUUAUGUUUGGGCCUACUGUGCGGCUCCAUGCUGUGUGUAUAUCUUGUGGUUCAUCAUCAAACUUUAACAGUGGGUGAUUUUGUACUCUUCUUUACGUAUUUAAUGGAUCUCUAUAUGCCACUCAAUUGGUUUGGAACCUAUUAUCGUGCUAUACAAAAGAAUUUUGUUGAUAUGGAGAAUAUGUUUGAAUUACUUAAGGAAGAAGAGGAAAUAGUUAAUGCACCUGGCUGUGGUCCUCUCCUUACCAUGGGUGGUAGCAUACAAUUUAAGGAUGUCAGCUUUGGUUAUUCACCCGAAAAGAUAGUACUUAAAAAUGUUUCAUUUAAAGUACCAGCUGGUAAGACAGUGGCAAUUGUUGGUCCAUCGGGUGCGGGUAAAAGUACUAUUGUUCGCUUACUGUUCCGUUUCUAUGAUGUGCAAUCGGGCGCUAUAUUAAUUGAUGGUCAAGAUAUUAAAUUGGUUACCCAGGAAAGUUUAAGACAGGCUAUAGGUGUGGUGCCCCAGGAUACGGUUUUGUUUAACAAUACCGUUUUCUAUAAUAUCGAAUAUGGUAAAAUAGGUGCCACCGCUGAUGAGGUAUACGAGGCUGCACGCAUGGCCGAUAUACACGAUCGUAUUCUCAGUUUCCCCGAACGUUAUGAAACCAAGGUGGGAGAACGUGGUCUACGCUUAAGUGGUGGCGAAAAACAAAGAAUAGCUAUUGCUAGAACUUUAUUGAAAGCUCCCGCCUUAGUACUACUAGAUGAGGCUACUUCCGCUUUGGACACCAACACUGAGAGAAACAUACAGGCUGCUUUACAUCGUGUCUGCUCCAAUAGAACCACCAUUAUUAUUGCCCAUAGAUUAUCCACUAUUAUACAUGCAGAUGAGAUCUUGGUACUAAAGGAAGGCUCCAUAGCCGAAAGAGGUCGUCAUGAAGAUUUGCUAAUGAAAGAGAAUGGCCUCUAUGCUCAAAUGUGGCAGCAACAAUUGAAAAACUUAGACGCUCCCUCCUCAUCCUCAGAAAAUUUGGAAGAGAAAGCUAAAACUAACGGUGGCGGUAAUGCCUCUGCUUAUUUAAGAGCUGGCCAUGCUCAUGGUGGCGCUCAAUAGUUUAAUUAAGAAAACUUUAUAUGCAUGUUUAUAUUUUUGUAUAAUUGGUUUUUGUAACAAAAAGAUAAUGUUUAACUAUUAAAUAAAAAAUGAAUGUGAUUUAGGGAUGCUGUAUAUUGAACCAAAAUAAACAUCAAAUUGUAUAAUAAGAUUAUAGAACAAAUUCAUAAUGAAAUAAAAACAAAAAUAACAACUUACUAUUUUAUAAAUUAAGAUUUAGGUUAAUUUUUAAAUAAAAUGCAAAGCUAUAUAAAAAGAACUUUCAAAAGUUUUAUAAACAAU